AUGUCUCAGGCUGUCUCCGACGCUAUCCUCGCGCAGAUUCUGGGCAGGCUCGAGGCUCUCCAGGUCUCGCAGCAGGCCUUGCAGGCAAAGCUGGAUGCCCUCACGCAUCCCGUAAGCCCAGUAUCCUCUCCAGGACACCAUGUCGUGCCCAUCCCGGGCGCCCUGUCCGACGGCUCCUCGCCCAGCAACACGCCCACAGCGCCUGGCGCAGUGGCCCACGCACAGACACCUGCGUCUGUCGCUGGUGCUGCCCCGGACAACAUCAUAUCCGACAAGGAGCGAGAGAAGCUGCUGUACCCCUCCCGCAUCAUGCUCACCAGUAAGUCGUCGUCGUCCGUUCUCAAAGGACAGCACAUAUGCUGUGGCGCCGUGGCUUUUCGCGGACAAGAUGUGCGCGACCGCGUUUGCUGA